UGUAGAUGUUAGGCUGAAGCAGGAGAACAAACAACAAAAUGAGAGGAGUGGACAGUUGGAGCUUGCCAGAGUUGCAGCAGGGACAGAGGAGUGGGUGGUCAUUAUUUUGAGCUACCAAAAUGGAGUCUGCUACAAUGGAGCUGUCCUCCCUGCUCUCCAAUCAGUCAUCAGAGAGCUGUGCUGUGGUGGACACAACAGCUGAGAACAUGUUGUUUGGAUGCUUCUACAUCCUUGUUUUCUUUCUGGCGCUGAACGGUAACAGCCUGGCUCUCUGGAUCUUCUCUCACCAGCGUGGCUCUUCCUCUCCAGCUAACAUUUUCUUGAUCCAUCUGGCUGUGGCAGACUUAUCGUACGUGAUUAUCCUCCCACUGAGGGCCACCUACCACCUCACUGGAGGCCACUGGCCCUUUGGCGAGGUGCCCUGCAGAGUGGCAGGCUUUUUGUUUUAUGUCAACAUGUACGCCAGCCUGUACUUCCUGGCCUGCGUGGCUGGGGAUCGCUACCUGGCUGUUGUUCACGCUGUAAGGUCACUGAAGGUUCGUCGUGCUCGCUACGCUCACAUCAUCAGCUUCUCUCUAUGGGCCCUGGUUACUGUCUCCAUGGCGCCACUGCUAAUCACCCACCAGACUGCAGAGGUGGACGGCAUGACCGUGUGUUUGCAGCUCUACAGAGAGAAGGCCUCGCGCAAUGCACUGAUCUCACUGGCUGUGGCCUUUACCCCACCUUUCCUCGCCACACUGUCUUGUUACCUGCUCAUCAUUCUCAGCCUGCGUCGGGGCUCCAGGUUAGAGCCGACCCUCAAGCUGAGGGCCCUGCGCACCAUCGGUCUGGUCAUGCUCAUCUAUGUAGUCUGUUUUCUGCCUUAUCAUGUGAGCAGAGCCACUUUCAUCCUGGGCUACAGCCAUCCUGACGUCUCCUGCCAGACACGCAGAGGCCUGAGCCUGGCCAACCGCCUCACCUCCUCUCUCACCUGUCUGAAUGGCGCCAUGGAUCCGCUAAUCUACCUUUUUGGGGCGGAGAAGUUCCGUGGCACUCUAAUGACAUUGUUUUGCAAAGAUAAGGCUGGGAUGUCAGGAGCCACUAGUGGAGAGUUAAAGGUAACACAUGAGAGCUCUGUGAGUGCCAAGUCGGAGUUUUGAGGAAGAGAAA